GGUUCUGAGGGUGGAGCAUUUUAAAGGUCAUCUGCACCUUUGGACUGGGAAAAGAUGGUCAACGUCUUGAAAGGAGUGCUAAUAGAAUGUGACCCUGCCAUGAAGCAGUUCUUGCUGUACUUGGAUGAAUUAAAUGCCUUAGGGAAGAAGUUCAUCAUUCAAGAUAUUGAUGACACUCAUGUCUUUGUUAUUGCAGAGUUGGUUAACGUCCUCCAGGAGCGAGUAGGUGAAUUAAUGGACCAAAAUGUUUUUUUUCUUACCCAGAAAUGAAGAUACUCCAUAUUGACCACUUAGGAAUUACAAGUAACAAAUGUGAG